GUACUGUUUGAUACGGGCAGCUCUAACCUAUGGGUGCCAUCCAAUCGGUGUCGAUCAUACGCCUGUACAAUACAUACCGCGUACUACUCGUCGCGAUCGUCCACUUAUAAACCAAACGGACAAUCAUUUGCCAUACAAUACGGCACCGGCAGUACCACUGGCUUUCUCAGCACCGAUACGCUGGGCAUCGGCGGGGGUUUGGUUAAGGGCCAGACAUUUGCCGAGACCACCAGCGAACCUGGUACCACGUUUGUUUACGCCGAGUUUGACGGCAUACUAGGCAUGGGUUACCCGCAGAUAUCCACCGACAACGUGAAGCCUGUGUUCAACAAUAUGAUAGCACAGGGAGUGGUGUCGGCGCCGGUCUUCUCCUUCUACUUGAACCGAGACGACACUCAAUCGCCCGGCGGAGAGAUUAUAUUUGGCGGCUCAGACCCGGCCCACUAUACCGGCCCGUUUACGUACCUACCGGUGACCCAACAGGGUUACUGGCAAUUCACCAUGAACGCAAGCAGCGUGUCCGACGGUACCGGGUUUUGUUCGGGCGGCUGUCAGGCCAUCGCGGACACCGGCACAUCGCUGAUCGUGGGUCCGGACAACGAUAUCGCGGCCAUUAAUCAGGCCAUCGGCGCCGAAGAUGACGGUUCAGGUGAUUAUAUGGUAGACUGCGGUAGCGUUGGAUCGAUGCCUACCGUGACGUUCAUUUUGGGCGGAAAGCAGUUCCCGUUGACCGGCGGUCAGUAUGUGUUGGUUCAGAGCGAUCAAAACGGGAACCCGCAGUGUAUGUCGGGUUUCUCGCCCGGAGGGGACGCCUCUGGCCCCCUCUGGAUUUUGGGCGACGUGUUUAUCGGUCCCUAUUAUACUGAGUUUGAUUUCGGUAAUAAUAGGGUUGGCUUUGCGCCAACCAAAUAA